AUGAAGAUUAAGAAAUCACCCUCCAAAAAGUUGGCUCCAUUGCCACGUCAGCUGAGUGACUUGAUAAGACGCUUGGAAGUAGAAGAGAAAGAGCAUAUCCCCAGCAUCAUCCGAGAAUUGAGCUCAUGGCCGUAUGCCAGAGGUGAUCUAUUCCACUGGGUCGCCGCGCUCGACAGAUUGGAUGCUAUUCUGCUCGACAUUUGCACUGAAUACAACCUCAAAGACAUACAGACAAAGCCAUUUGAUGACCAGACAAAAGAGCUCAUCCUGUCCAUUAUUGAUCUUGCGCGUAUACUGUUUGAGAACUGUACCAACAGAAACAUUUACAACUCAUACGAGCACCUCAACAUGUUGCUAAACACAUUUGAUAUGGAUGUCUUGGAACAAGUGCUUCAUUUCCUGAUUCGACCAGCUCAGAGAAUCAACAACCCAAAAGCAAUUCGUUCAUCCUUUGUGAUUCCUCAAGAUAAAAUUGUAGAAUUGGCUCGAGGAUGGAGUCAUGUACCUGUAGAGCUGUUACGUAUUGCACAGGAUCUGACUGUUACACCUAAAAUGACGACUUUAAAUCUCCAAUUCUAUCGUACAACCACAACGGAAGGCCACCAAGUCAUCACCGAAAACAUGGCAGAUCAAACAUUUCAACACAAGGAGGAUGUGGACGUGUUUAUGGAUCUCGUCCAAAAGUACAAUGUGCCCAAAGAGUCUCAGUUUGAAUUGGCAAACAGAAUUAGGAUCGCAAAGCACGUCAGUGACCCUGAAAAGAGGCAACAGCUGCUUGGUAUCCGUAUUUUAGCCAUCACUGUGAUGUCGCAUGCGAUCUCUGAAACCACUGCACAAAACAAGGUCUUUAUUUAUGAACCUUACUUGAUUUCGCAGCUAGCAGAACUGAUCUCUCCUGAGAAACAAGCUGAUACCACUAUUCAAACCUAUGUAUUAUACGCUCUCGAUGGCAUCGCAAGACACCGCAACAAACUGUCUGAAGUCCUGAUUGCUGUCAAUGCGUCUGCCAACCACGGCACCAUGAUGCAAAUCCUGCGCAAAGCCAAUUUGAAUGAAGCAUAUCCUCAGUCCUUCUUGGACGCAUUAUUUACAUUUGUGUCUUUCCUAUUACAAACGCAACCAGGUGGGCAAAUGCUCAUGUCGGCAGGCAUUAUCCCCACGCUUGUUCAGAUUGUUGGAAAUUAUCAGUACACGCAACUCAAGAACGUAGCCAAAGUGGUGGGCCUUAUUGACACCAUUGUCAACUCAUUCGCUACGUCGUUUUCGGCUUUCUGCAAUGCCAAUGGUUUGGACACAUUGCUGAACCGCAUCAAGAUGGAAAUUGAAACUUGUACAAAGAGUGCCAUGCCAAAUGAGACUCAGCUCAAUGCAACCAACACGGCUCCCUACGAUAGACUGUCUACCAUUAAAGCCAUGCUCAAAUUCCUGUUACGCAUGAUGGGAUCUUCAGGCACAACAGACGGACUUCGUAACCUGAUCGACUCCAGUUUGCCACAGUCAUUGAAGCUCAUCAUGGAAAAUCCCAAGCUCUUUGGCAACGGUAUAUUUGCCUUAGCCAUUAAUGUCAGUACCACAUUCAUCCACAACGAGCCCACUUCGCUGCCCAUCUUGCAAGAAGCCAAGCUCCCACAAAGCUUCCUACACACCAUUUCCACCUACGAUUCACCCAAUCACGAAGUCCUGAUGGCAGCUGUGAAUGCAUUUGGCGCCAUGUGCCUGAAUGUGCAAGGACUCGACAUGUUCAACACAGAGAAGCCCUUGCCGCACUUUUUUGACCUGAUGACAUCGCAUGAUUUCUUGAGAAAUCCAAUGGACGUAGAUAGCGCAACUGGAUUGGGGUCUACUAUGGAUGAGCUGAUUCGACAUCAUCCCUCCUUAAAGCCCUCAGUAUUUCAGUGUGUCACAUCUCUUAUUAAAAAAGUAAUUGAAAUGGGUUCUGAUGUGAAUGGGGUUGGAAAAUCAAGUGAUAAUAGUCAUUUACUGCAAACAUCGUCUGAAGACGCCGCCAUGUCCACAGCUACUACUUCUGCCGCCACCACCACCAAAACAACAACAACUGCUACAAAGGAACAAGGAGAAGAAGAAGACAAGCCUGAAAAAGUAGAAUGCUUACUCGUAUCGUUCAUUGAUUUGGUCUCUCGUUUCCUUGAAGGUCUCUUCCAAAAUCAAUCUAAUAUCAAAGAAUUUGUCCAAGAAGGCUGCCCUGAAAUGCUGCUCAACUACUACGCUUUGCCUCUGCUGCCUGCAAACUUCUCAGUAACCAUUGCUUCAGACUCGCUCUCGUAUCUGUUCCGCAUGAUCAGCGAAGUCAGCCCUCUGCCUACCGUGCUUGCCAUUGCUGCCAAGGUCAAGGAGUCUAUUCGCUUUAUCACAGACCAGACAGGCGAUUACCAAACGAGCACCUUGAUGGAGUUUGUGGAUGUGAAUGCAACAGAGACUGACAAGGUUGCACGAGGAAAUCAACACUUGCGCCAAAUGAUCCAGUUGCAUGGCUAUGUUGGCCUCUUGUCAAACCUUUGUUGUUCAGCCCUGUUAUCUCAUGGUAGAAACGGUGCUUCUCUGGUGACCGAGUUUCUCUCUGAAUCAAAGCAAGAAAACAUCAUCCAGCUCCUGGGUCAACUGCACAGACACAUUGUAUGGGAAAACAUCCUGCUGAAAGAAGCUUUGCCUCCUGCUUGGUACGCUGUUAAAUCCUCCUCUUUCGCAAAUGGGCUUGGCGCCCUGAAAAUGAAUCCUGCUAGCCUGGCCGAGCAUCCACUGGGCAUCUACAGUACAAACACGCCAACAGAAGCAUCUGCCACCACAUCUGCAUCUACCGCAGCUGGUGCUGAAGAGGUAGCCUCUUCCUCUGCCAAACAAGAUGAAGCCUCCAAAGACAAGAUGGAUGAAAACGCACCUUCAGCCAAAGAUCCUCGUAUGGUCAAUAUUAAGCAUUUCAAGAUUCUACUUGGCGAAAUUCCUCAACUCCUGGUGCCCGUUUUCCAAGCCCUGAUCAAGGUCUCUCUCAGUCGUCGCACUGGUAGCGCACUUCCCAAAUCCCAAACUAUGAAGUUGGCUGAAUACAUGUCAGAUAUCUUAAAGGACAAUAUUACGUGGCCUCCCAUCACUCAAGCUACUGCUCCUGACUGUAAAUACGAUUAUUUGACAUCUGUUUAUACCAUGACAUCGCUCCUUUUGAGAGACGAACGCACACAGUCAUCGCUUCAAGCACCGCUUGCUAUUGCUUUUGAGAAACAAGGUGGUAUUGAUCUGCUGUUGGGUAAUCUCAAGGACAUGUGGACAGCGGCUCAAGCAUUGUAUCUAGAACAGGAUAAGGAAAAGCACAAGGAACUUACUACUCGCGUCAACAGCAGCAUAGAGAGUCUCUUGAACGUGCUGCUUCAUAUUAGCUCACCAAAGUCAUUACGAGACUCUGCGUAUACAACCACACUGAUUCAAAAGGACAAGAAGGCAGAGGAUUACUUUGAUCCUUAUGAAUGGAUCGUCUGCCUGGAACUCAAGCUUAUUCCUCUCAAAGACUACUUGACCUGUCCACAACUGCACUUGUUUUCCAAGGCAGUCAACCAGAUACUGAUCAAGAUCUUCCAGCAAAUCAUGAAGGGAGAGGGCAGUUUUGCUAGCCUGUCUUCUACAGCAACAUCCACGACUCGUGGUGCAGGUGCUACUGUAGGUGAUCCAUUUGGCAACUUUACUGCACCACUCAUGACUUCACCUUUUACACUGUUGCGUACGCCAGUUGUUGCUGCUGAGCGCAAUAUCCAAACACUGGUCGAUAUGGGUUUCGAGAGAGCGUCUGCUGAGCAAGCACUUGUUCGCUGCAACAACCAAGUCUCUCGUGCUGUAGAUUAUCUGUUCAGUCAUCCCACACCCAUCUUUGGUGGCUCCACCACGGCAACUACCACGGCAACCACCACGCCUCCAGCUCCUCCAGCAACAGAGACCUCUUCUGAGGCUGCUCCAACCAACAGCAACACACAGGAAGAUGCUCAGAUCAACCAAGAAGCAUCGAGUGAUGAUGACAACAACGAUGACGACGAGGAAAACAAUGAGGAUCACAAUGAUAAUGAGGAUGAGCAUGAGGAUGAUGGGGAUGAUGACGACAACAGCUUGCAUGACUCUGACAACAUGGAAGGUGUGAUUGAUACGUUUGUGGAAUCCUUGAACAACGACUAUAGACUGGAUGCUGCUACUUCUGGUCUGCGUCGCUCUCUCUUCAACAGCAUGGGCGGUGGUGGUAGUAGUAGUAACGAAGCGAGUGGUACUCCCGACAAGGAACCAUCAGAGCAUGUCAAGGAACUCAAGGCUGUGCGUCAAUCCCUGUGUGAAUUGCUGCCAGCUGCACUUUUGGCCUUGGCUGAUCAGCGUGAAGAUUUGGUGUUUGAUGUCCGUGAUUUACUCAUCUUACUAGGCAAGUAUGACGAGGAAGAGCAAUCGCCUGAGAACAAGCGCAUCGAUACCACCAAGACGUCGCUCAACAUCAUAUCACUGCUGGUCGAUCAAAUUGGAGAGAUUCGUGAUGACAGCUCCAAGUCUGUGCUGCUCAGCAAUCGUCUCCGUCUGUUGGCCCUGUUAUUGCGUGAACCUCCUAUGCAAAAUGCCAUGAACCAACUGGCAGACCGCUUCUCCUUUUUGUUUGAUAUGCUCAACUUUUCUAGUCUCGGUCAAGACGAUCCAUUGCCUGCCUGGUCUGCCACCAUCUUUUUGGUCAUUGAGGCCUUCAUUGCACAAGCAGAUGAACCUAAGAAAGCCAAGCUCAAUAUCAAUUCUCGUCGUGGUGGUAUGUUCUUUUCUUCGUCUGCCUCAUCCGAUGACGACGACAAUGAGCAAGAGAAUGCUUUAAAGCAAGAUGCAGACAAGAGCAAGGAAGCUGAUGAUGAUGAGGAUGUCGCUAUGGAAGAUGUAAAUGCACCCAGCACAAGCUCAAGCUCAAGCUCAACAUCCAAAGCUGUAGGUAUCUCGGUGGAGCAACGUAGCAAGUUACUGCAAUGCUGUGUCUCUCUCUUGCGCAAGAGCAAGUUAUCUCGAGAUGACAUUUAUGCCAUCUUGCGUAUGAUUGUUCGUUUGACCAAGGACCAUGAAUCCGCACUUCACUUUUUGGGUAUUGGUGGUGUACCAUUGCUAUUUUCCAAGCCUCGUUCCAGUCUGGAAGGCUUACAAGGCCAACAAGCGUUCAUCAUUCUGAUUUUGCGUCAUAUUGUCGAGAGCAAGGCUGUGUUGCAGAGCACGAUGAAGGAUAUUAUCACCAACUGGUUUACUAACCCUCGUCCCCGCAAUAUGGAUAUUAGUUCCUUUGUUCGCAGUAAUGCCCAUGUUGCUUUGAGAGAGCCGGAGGUGUUUGUUCAAGUUACCACUGACAUUUGUCGCUUGGCCAGAUACGAUGAAUUCGAGAUCAACCAUCAGAUCAAGCUAAAGAAGCAGGAGGAUGACAAGCAGGACGCAGACAGUGGCACCACCGCCAUUACCAAACAAGCAUCAUCAUCUGAAGUCGUCGUCUACUAUCUGUUGAAUGAAAUCAUGACUGUACGCACAGAAGCCACGGCUGUGGCCAGUAGAAAGGAGCCCCUGACAGAUGAGCAAAAGAAAGAAGAAAACAUCAAGUUUGUGUACACUGGUUUCUUGCUGCAGUGCCUGGUAGAACUGAUCUCGUCCUAUCCAUCUUGCAAAUACGACAUUUUCAACUUUUGCAAAAAGCAGAAUGGCCAGCGCACCACCACUUUGGAUGGCAAGCAUCGCUCCUUUGUCUCGAUGCUGAUCAAUGACUUACUGCCUUAUAACCACAUUAACUCCUCCUCAGAAGACACACGCAAACAGCAGGGUCUGUCGACUUGGACAGCAUCUACGCUGGUGGCCAUGUCUUAUGACGCCUCUUCCUCUAGCGACAUGAGUGUCCAACAAAAGAACGAAUUGAUCCAGGUGAGAAAGUAUGUUCUGGAAGCGGUAGUGAGAGCACUGAAGGAGGCUGUCGCUUCAUCAGACACUGCCUCUGUCAAGUACAGUAAGUACCUCGCUUUGGCGGACCUCUGCCACCGCAUCUUGAACGCUAGACCCAAUGUGGGUUCAUCGAUUCCUCGCUCACUGGGUGGUGGUCAAACCAAUGCCAACAGUAACAAGGAAGACACUGCACUGAGCAACGCUAAAAUCAUGUUGGACAAGAACUUUGUUGCUAUUCUGACAUCUGCUAUCAGUGACGUUGAUAUCAACUAUCCCCAUGCCAAGACCAUUUUGAACUCUAUGCUGAGACCGCUGGAACAACUGACCAAGUUGGCCAUCAAGACAGACGAUGGUUCUGACAAUGACGAUGAGGAUCAGGAUAAAAUGGACACGGCUGAAGAAGGCAUGCAUGUGCCUAGCACGCCUGUUGCUGAAGGUGAAGAAGCUCCUGAUCUCUACCGAAACUCUGCUCUGGGCAUGUUUGAUGCUGGUAGUGUGAUUGACGAUGACGAAUACAACAGCGGUGAAUACAGCGAUAUUUUUGGUUCAUCUGCUGAUGAGGAGGAAGAUUUUGACGAACAAAGCGGAAGCGACUUGUCAGACAUGGAUGAAAGUGAUCAAGAAGACGAAGAAGAUUUUGAUUCAGAUGACAUGGACCAGGAUGAGAUGGCAGAUGACAUUGAUGCUGAAGCGCAACUGAUCAGUGAUGAAGACGACGAUGGGGAAGAAGGUGGUCGUGAGUUGACAUGGCACUUGGAGGACAUUGAGCAAGAGCCUGGCAUCGUGCAUGCAGAGACUGUCAUUGAUACUGGCGAUGAGCGUGAUGAACCCAACCAUAUUCGUCACUUGUCUGAUCCUUUUGAAGAAGAGGACGAGAUGGACGCCCUGUCUGAUUUCGACGAUGCCUCUGAAAACCUGGAUAACGACUCUGACAACGACUUGGCUGAUGGCAUGAUUCUGGACUCGGAGGACUUGGAUACGCCCUUCUUGCCAACCGACUUUCAUGAAGAGCUGAUCAUGGACGGUGAUGAGCUGGAAAGACCCCGCUCUAUUAUUCCUGCUGGAUUUAGAAGACGUUUUCACAAUGGUAGACGCACUUUGUUAGAAGGAGGCCGUUCAUUUAGAAACCAAAGCAAUGCACAAGGCCAAGAAGACAUCAUCACUCAUCCUCUGUUGUCCAACAGCACUGGCAACCAAACCUCUAGUGGUGGUGGUAACUCUGCCCGUAGUAUGAUUGAUGAAGCACUCUCUCGCAGAGACCUUGGUGGUGCUCCCAACUUGAGAAAUUGGCAGGACUUUGAAGACAUCAUUGGUGGUAGUGCAGUGCGUAUGCUGGAAGAUUUGUUGACGCAUGCUCCCUCUGCGACUCAGGCGGGGCCAUUGCGUGUGGAUGUGACAUCUGGCCCUGGUGGUGUGCUGCGCACAUUUGAAUUUGAUCGACUGCCCCACUUAUCUGGCUUGGGUGGCCAUGGUGCUCAUCUGUCUAGUCCUGCUCUUGGCGGUGCUUUGGGUGCUGCUGGCAAUGCUGGUGCCUCCAACGACCAAGUUGAAGAAGGUUUGUCCAUCUUGCAUGACUUCCAGCCCAUGUCGUCUGGUGAACGUUGGAAUCAAGAAAGCCGUAUGAUGUAUGGCCCCAAUCUGGGUGACAAGGCAUUGAAGCUUGUCAACAAGCUGCUCAACAUCUUGACGCCUAUUGCUAUUGAGGAUGACAAAAAGACCCGUGUUGAGGAAGAAAAGAAACGUCAAGAACAGAGACGUAAGGAGGAAGAAGAGCGUCGUAAGGCUGAGGAAGAGAAAUGGCGUCUUGCAAAGGAAGCUCGUAAAGCGGAAGCUGAAGCUGCUGAGGCCGCUGCUGCUGCUGCUGCUGAAGCGGCUGCCAAUGCGCCAACUGCCAAUGCUGAGUCAUCGACAUCUGCUGCCACUGCUGUAGAUGAAGCAGCACAACCUCAAACAAACACAACUGAUAAUACCAAUGCAGAGAAUGCUGCUACUGCUGAACCAUCCACUACGGCUGAUACUGAGCGCACAAUUGUUACUAUUCGUGGUGAGCCUGUUGAUAUCUCUGGUACUGGCAUUGACAAGGAGUUUUUGGAAGCAUUGCCUGAUGAUUUGAGAGAAGAGGUGCUGAACCAACAUUUGCGUGAUAGACCUGCUCCUCCACAACCUGCUGAAGAUGAUUCCAUCAGCCCUGAAUUUUUGAGUGCUUUACCCCCUGAUAUUCGACAAGAAGUAAUCCAUCAAGAGGCCAUUGAACGUGAGAGACGUGAGAGACAAAAUAGACAACAGGCUCCUGCAAGCACCACAGCAAGUGCUUUGGGUGCAGCUCCCGCAAGUGCUGGUACAACUAACACUACAGCUGCAUCUGAUAACAUGUCUGCAUCUCGUAGAAGACCCGCUCCUGCCGAGGAUGAUGCAAAGACACCCAAGAAGAAGGCCAAGGCUCGUCGUCAAGAUGGAGCUGCUCAGUUGGUAGAAAAGCUGCAACUGGGAACACUGGUUAGAUUGCUGUUUGUGCCUCAAACCAUCUCCAAAUCCAUCUUGAACCGUUUGCUUCUCAAUCUGUGCGAGAAUAGCAAGACGCGUGGUGAUCUCCUGUCUUACCUUGUCUGCGUGCUCUAUGACGGCAACAAUGAUCUCGCCUCUGUUGACAGCAGCUUUGCUCUUCUCUCUAGCUCUUCUGGUAAGAGUGGCAAGUCAAGUUCAUCCAAGCCGAGCAGAGCCAACAGCAGUACCAGUGCUGCUGCUGUCACUGACAAUGUACCCAACUUUAUUGCUCAACGCUGUCUGGAGGCACUUACUUACAUUGUGUCCAACAAUGAGCAAUCCAUGACCUACUUCCUGACUGAAAGCGACUCUUUGGUGAGCCUGAAACGAUCUUCGUCUAGCAGAAAAGGCAAAAACAAGGAAAAGGCGCCUGUCAGUUGGAACAAAUACCCCAUUCUCGUGUUGAUGAGUCUAUUGGAUCGCCCUGUGUUUAUCGACAACUCGAUUCUGAUGGAACAGCUCAUGGAUCUGCUGUCUACCAUGUGUCGCCCCUUCCCCAUCCUGGUCAAGAAGUACCAAGAAAAGGUGGAGAACAAGCAAAAGGAUCCCAACUUAUCCGAGAGACCCAUGCCAAAGCCACCAACUAUCCCAGACUACUAUCUAAAGCUGGUCGUCCAUGUCUUGACCAACGGUGAAUGCUCCAGCAAGACCUUCCAGUACACAUUGAACGCCAUCUCGCAUUUAUCUGCCUUGGACGGUGCUCAGCAGACAAUUGUGAAUGAACUUGUCGAGGAUGCCAAGCAAUCAAGCACUCAAAUUUUGAAAGAUCUCGAGAAUCUGCUGGAUGUGUUGAAAACGGCUAUGCCUGGUACAGAGAUCAACAGCACUAUCCUCGCUCCAUUCGCUGCUGCUACCUCCUAUCAAGCCAAGUUACUGCGUGUUUUAAAGACACUGGACUACAUGUUCUCUCGCAAGAAUAUCACCGCGACUACAGCCUCAGCAGAAAGCAAGGCCAGCAAUGAGCUCAUGCAAGCAAAGAACGAAAAGCGCAUGCUCCAAAUCUACGAGGACCUCAACUUCUUGCCCUUGUGGCAGAAUCUCGGUGAAUGCUUGUCUGUGAUCCGCGAGAAGGAAGAGCUGAUCAAUGUCGCCACUGUCUUGCUGCCGCUGAUCGAAUCGUUCAUGGUCGUGUCCAAGUGCACUGCUGAAAAGGGUCAGAACAAUGUGUAUGAAAAAGUAGCUACGCCUGCUAUUGAACAGCAGCUGACCCUGUCAACCACCUCGCCCGAAUCCUUCUUCUUUGUGUUUACAGAAAAGCACAAAAAGGUCCUGAAUAUCAUGGUGCGCAAUAACCCUACACUAAUGAGCGGAUCAUUUGCCUUGUUGGUGCGUAACCCCAAGAUGCUUGAAUUCGACAACAAAAGAAACUACUUUGCCCAACAAUUGCACAAGCGCACCACGCCUCGUGAAAACUAUGCUAUGCUCCAAUUGAACGUACGUCGUCAAUACGUGUUUGAAGACUCCUAUCAUCAGCUUCAAGGUCGCACCGGUGAAGAGAUCAAGAAUGGUAAAUUGGCUGUGCGAUUCUACGAUGAGGAAGGUGUAGAUGCAGGUGGUGUUACGCGUGAGUGGUUCUCUGUCUUGGCGCGUCAAAUGUUUGAUCCCAACUAUGCUCUGUUCAUUACCUCUGCAGCUGAUAAGCUGACCUAUCAACCCAAUCGUGAUUCGGCCGUCAAUCCAGACCACUUGAGCUUCUUCAAGUUUGUGGGUCGUGUCAUUGGUAAAGCUAUUUAUGAUGGCCGUUUAUUGGACGCCUAUUUCACGCGUUCCUUCUACAAGCACAUCCUGGGUCGUACCGUGGAUUAUCGUGAUGUGGAGGCCUUGGAUCCAGAGUACUACAAGAGUUUAGUGUGGAUGCUGGAGAACGAUAUCACUGAUAUCAUUGACUUGACAUUCAGCAUUGAAACCGACUUUUUCGGCACCAAGGAAACUGUGGAUUUGAAGCCUAAUGGCAGAAACAUUCCAGUAACUGAAGCCAGCAAGCACGAAUAUGUCACCUUGGUUACCGAGCAAAAAUUGACCACAGCCAUCAAGGAUCAAAUCAAUGCUUUUGUUCAAGGUUUCCACGAUGUAAUUCCUGCUCCCUUGAUUCAAAUCUUCAACGAACAAGAAUUGGAACUUUUGAUUUCUGGUCUGCCUGAUAUUGACAUUGAUGACUGGAAGAACAACACGCAAUAUGAAGGUUAUGACGCUUCAUCACCUCCUGUCCAAUGGUUCUGGCGUGCAGUCAGAAGUUUCGAUCAAGAGGAGCGUGCCAAGUUACUCCAGUUCGCUACUGGUACUUCCAAGGUGCCUUUAGAGGGGUUCAGCCAGCUUCAAGGCUCAAGUGGCGUACAAAAGUUCCAAAUUCACAAAGACUUUGGUGGGGAAAACCGUCUUCCAUCAGCACACACAUGCUUCAAUCAAAUAGACUUGCCUCAAUACGAUUCGUAUGAAAACUUACGUGCCAAUCUCUUCAAGGCAAUCAGUGAAUGUUCAACUGGUUUCGCUUUUGCAUAG